AUGACAACCCAAACCUGGCAGUCCCUUCCGCGUGCCGUUGCUGCGUCCCUUGAGAAGCUCCCCCAGCUUCUGAACCAAGACCCCCAAUGGCAAGCUUUCAUCAACACAGAAGGCAUCCACCAACAAGUAACCAUCGGCAUCCAAUCAACCGGCUCAAAUGAUGCUAUCCUAGUUACCAUAGAACCUGGCGCACGCACCACCAUCUCAACCGGCCAACCUUCAGACGCCGACUUCACACUAACAGCCCAACCCUCCCACUGGGCCAAUUUCUUCUCCCCAACCCCCAAAGCACCCUAUACCAGCUUUGUCGGAAUCCAAGGAAUGAACAUAGUCCAAGACGGCGCAGGAGUCCUCGGCAACCGCGACAAAUACAGCCAGUACGCACACCUCACCACACACCUCCUAAACACCAUCCGGGAGGGCUUGCACGGCCCUCCUAUUCUAGACGAAGAGCAGCCCGAGACAGACGAAGACCACCUCGUAGGGAGGUAUAUCUACAUCUCACCUCCCCUCUGGGGAAGAUCCAAGGUAUUCUACGAGACAAGCGGAGACGGAGCGCAGCAGAUCGUCUUCCUACACACAGCAGGAAGCGACAGCCGACAAUACCACGCAGUUAUGAACGACGAACGUAUGCGUGCGAAAUGCACCAUGUAUGCAUUCGACCUCCCCGCGCACGGACGCAGUUUUCCCGGACAAAACCAUCUACCUGGGAACCACACUAACACCGAGGACGCCUAUGUGGGGUGUAUUCGUGAAUUCGUGAAGGCUCUGAAGCUGGACAAGCCGAUUAUAUGUGGUGCGUCGAUGGCCGGGCAGGUUUGUAUUGCCGUUGCGAUCCGCGCUGAGGAAGUCGGUGCUGGUGGUUCGAUUCCGUUGCAGGGGUGUGAGUAUUUGACGAUGAAGAGGCAGUUUAAUGAUAAAUCGCCGCUGGUGAACCAGACCUUGUUUAACCCGGAUUGGAUAUAUGGGAUGAUGGCGCCGAGUGCGCCGGUUGCGAAUAAGCGGUUGGUCUGGCAUACGUAUAGUGGCCAGGCGUAUGGCAUCUUCCAUGGGGAUCUGGAUUUCUACUUUGGGGGGUUUGAUGCGCGGGAUCGUGUGGGGGGCAUUGAUGUGAAGAAGUGUCCGAUCUACUUCUUGACUGGAGAGUAUGACUGGAGUACGACGCCGCAGAUGAGUGAGGCGACAGCGAGGAAGAUUAAGGGUGCUGAGUUCAAGGAGAUGGCUGGGCUGGGCCAUUUCCCUGCGACGGAGAGCCCUGGGCGAUUUAUUCCGUACCUGAUCGAUGCGAUCGACUGGAUUCAGAAGACUCGUGCUUAG